GCUGCGCUGCGGCCGGCUCGCGGGCCGGGGGAGCGGCGGCGGGCGCGCGGGAGGCGGAGCGGCGGCGGCGGGCGCGGCGGGAGCGGCUGGGCCCGGGCGGGCUGGAGCGCGGUCGCCGAGCGCAGGGCCGCGGCCGCGCGGAGCCCGCCAUGCCGGCGCGGGUCUGAGGCGUGGCGAGCCAGGGCCGAGGCGAGCGGCGGGCGCGCCGCCCCUGUCGCCCCGCGGCGGCCCGGCCCGGGCCCUAUGAGCGGCGGCCUCGGCCUCCGGCGCAGCCCGGAAAUGUCCGGCAAGAUCGAGAAAGCAGACUCUCAGCGUUCUCAUCUCUCUUCCUUCACCAUGAAGCUGAUGGACAAAUUCCACUCACCCAAAAUCAAGAGAACGCCAUCAAAGAAGGGAAAACCAGCUGAGGUGUCCGUAAAGAUUCCAGAGAAGCCUGUGAACAAAGAGGCAACAGACAGAUUUCUACCAGAGGGCUACCCUCUCCCCUUGGAUCUGGAGCAGCAGGCAGUAGAAUUUAUGUCCACCAGUGCUGUGGCUUCCAGGUCUCAAAGGCAGAAGAACCUGAGCUGGCUGGAGGAGAAAGAGAAGGAAGUUGUCAGUGCCCUGCGCUACUUUAAGACCAUUGUGGACAAAAUGGCAAUUGAUAAGAAGGUACUGGAGAUGCUUCCAGGGUCAGCCAGCAAGGUGCUGGAGGCCAUCUUACCCCUGGUGCAGAACGAUCCUCGAAUUCAGCACAGCUCAGCCCUCUCUUCCUGCUAUAGCCGAGUGUACCAAAGUCUGGCCAACCUCAUUCGCUGGUCUGACCAAGUGAUGCUGGAAGGUGUGAACUCAGAAGACAAGGAGAUGGUGACGACUGUGAAAGGGGUCAUCAAGGCUGUGCUGGAUGGAGUGAAGGAGCUGGUCAGGCUCACCAUCGAGAAGCAGGGACGUCCGUCUCCGACGAGCCCCGUGAAGCCCAGUUCCCCUGCCGGCAAGCCUGAUGGCCCAGCAGAGCUUCCCCUGACGGACCGCGAGGUAGAGAUCCUAAACAAGACGACUGGGAUGUCACAGUCAACUGAGCUCCUCCCAGAUGCCACGGAUGAAGAGGUCGCGCCCCCCAAGCCUCCCCUGCCUGGCAUUCGGGUGGUUGAUAAUAGUCCUCCACCAGCAUUGCCACCCAAGAAAAGACAGUCGGCGCCGUCCCCUACCCGAGUGGCUGUGGUGGCCCCCAUGAGCCGAGCCACCAGUGGCUCCAGUUUGCCUGUUGGAAUCAAUAGGCAGGAUUUUGAUGUUGACUGUUAUGCACAGAGGCGACUGUCAGGAGGCAGCCACUCGUAUGGUGGAGAGUCGCCCCGCCUCUCCCCCUGCAGCAGCAUAGGCAAGCUCAGCAAGUCAGACGAGCAGCUGUCCUCUCUGGACAGGGACAGUGGGCAGUGCUCCCGGAACACAAGCUGUGAAACACUAGACCACUAUGAUCCCGACUAUGAAUUCCUCCAGCAAGACCUCUCUAACGCAGACCAGAUACCUCAGCAGACGGCCUGGAACCUUAGCCCGUUGCCAGAGUCUUUGGGGGAGUCUGGGUCUCCAUUUCUUGGCCCUCCUUUCCAGCUGCCUCUUGGUGGCCAUCCCCAGCCAGAUGGACCUCUGGCCCCAGGGCAGCAGACAGAUACGCCACCUGCUCUCCCCGAGAAGAAGCGCAGGAGCGCAGCCUCCCAGACGGCGGACAACUCUGGCUGCAGGGUGUCCUACGAGCGGCAUCCCUCGCAGUAUGACAACAUCUCUGGGGAGGACCUGCAGAGCACAGCCCCGGUCCCAUCUGUCUCCUACGCGCCCUUUGCUGCUAUUCUGCCCUUUCAGCAUGGAGGUUCCUCAGCCCCUGUCGAAUUUGUGGGUGAUUUUACUGCUCCUGAAUCAACGGGUGACCCAGAAAAACCACCUCCUCUACCAGAGAAGAAAAACAAACACAUGCUGGCCUACAUGCAGUUGCUGGAGGACUACUCGGAGCCACAGCCCUCUAUGUUCUACCAGACGCCGCAGAACGAGCACAUCUACCAGCAGAAGAACAAGCUCCUCAUGGAGGUAUACGGCUUCAGCGACUCCUUCAGUGGGGCGGACUCCGUGCAGGAGCUGGCCCCGCCGCCCGCCCUACCCCCCAAGCAGCGGCAGCUGGCCUCCUGUGCUGCUUCUUCCUUCUCCUCUGUCUCCUACUGUGUCCAGCAAACUAAAGUGGCCUUCACCCCCGAGGACGGCAGUGCCGCUCAGGGCCUCAGUGUGUCCGUCUCUAACUCCUUUCUCAGCCGGCACGGCAGCUUGCCUGUGCCCUCGUAUAAGUCUGUGUUUAGGUCCUACUCCCAGGAUUUCGUGCCUCACCACCAAGCUUCCGUUCCGCCUUUCCUUCCGCCUACCUCCUCUUCCUCUCCACAUUUCCCACCUGCCCACCAGUCUCAGAGCUCUGACUUAGCCGUGCCAACCAUGGCCGGUCCACCUCCCAGCACCGUGGACGGGCCUCUCUCGGCUUCUCAGGAGAGCAGCUUUCAUGGGAAUACUGUCUGCCUUCCUUCCGAAACCUCUUUCACUGACUCGAGUGAAAACGCCAGUGAGGAAGCUGGUGAGGGUGAAUAUGUCAAUCUGUAUUCCUCUGGCCAGAGCAGCGAGGAGCUGGCUCCCUCUCGAGGAGAGCCACUGGCUGGGAAAGACGGACAUCCCAGAGAUCCCUCAGCGGUCAGCGGCGUCCCUGGGAAGGACGGCAGAGACGGCAAUGAGAGGGCCCCAAAGUCACCAGAUGCUCUGGAGUCGGCUCAGUCAGAGGAGGAAGUGGACGAGCUGUCCCUCAUCGACCACAACGAAAUUAUGUCCAGGCUGACGCUCAAGCAGGAGGGUGAUGACGGGCCGGACGUCCGCGGAGGAUCUGGGGACAUCUUAUUGGUCCAUGCUACUGAGACUGACAGGAAAGAUUUGGUGUUGUACUGCGAGGCGUUCCUGACCACCUACAGGACCUUCAUCUCCCCAGAGGAGCUCAUCAAGAAGCUGCAGUACAGAUACGAGAAAUUCUCUCCCUUUGCCGACACAUUCAAGAAGCGCGUCAGCAAGAACACGUUCUUCGUGCUGGUACGGGUGGUGGAUGAGCUGUGCCUGGUGGAGUUGACAGAAGAGAUCCUGAAGCUGCUGAUGGAACUGGUCUUCCGCCUGGUGUGCAACGGGGAGCUGAGCCUGGCUCGUGUGCUCCGGAAGAACAUCCUGGACAAAGUGGACCAGAAGAAGCUACUCAGGUGUGCCACCUCCAGCCAGCCCCUGGCGGCCCGGGGGGUAGCAGCCAGGCCGGGGACCUUGCACGACUUUCACAGCCAUGAGAUAGCGGAGCAGCUAACGCUGCUGGAUGCUGAGCUCUUCUAUAAAAUAGAGAUUCCUGAGGUUUUGCUUUGGGCAAAAGAGCAGAAUGAGGAGAAGAGCCCCAACUUGACCCAGUUCACGGAGCACUUCAACAACAUGUCCUACUGGGUCCGGUCCAUAAUCAUGUUACAGGAAAAGGCCCAGGACAGGGAACGGCUGCUCUUGAAGUUCAUCAAGAUCAUGAAGCACUUGCGGAAGCUGAAUAACUUCAACUCCUACUUGGCCAUCCUCUCUGCCCUGGACUCGGCGCCCAUCCGCAGGCUGGAGUGGCAGAAGCAGACUUCAGAGGGCCUGGCCGAGUACUGCACACUGAUCGACAGCUCGUCCUCCUUCCGAGCCUACCGGGCCGCCCUCUCGGAGGUGGAACCGCCGUGCAUCCCGUACCUGGGGCUGAUCCUGCAGGACCUGACCUUCGUUCACCUGGGAAACCCAGACUACAUCGACGGGAAAGUGAACUUCUCCAAGCGGUGGCAGCAGUUCAACAUCCUCGACAGCAUGCGGUGCUUCCAGCAGGCGCACUAUGACAUCCGGAGGAACGACGACAUUAUAAACUUCUUCAAUGACUUCAGUGACCACCUGGCUGAGGAGGCCCUAUGGGAACUUUCUCUGAAAAUUAAACCCAGGAACAUAACAAGGAGAAAAACAGACCGGGAAGAGAAAACCUAGGAGCAGACGCCGGGAUCGAGGAGAAUGCUCGAGGGGCGCGGAGGGCAGCUCCCAGACUGGAGAGGACCUUGGACCUGUUAGGCGCAUGGCAGGAGUCCCGGCCUCGGAGCCACGAGGCUGGCCAGGCCUCAGCGGGGCUGGGCAGGAGCUGGAGCCUGCCAGCCGCUUCCUGCCUCCUUCCUCUGUGGGAGCAGACCCGUGGGCCUCAGGGCAGCCAGCAGGCAGGUCUUGUUGCCAAUUUGCAAACCGGUGGUUUUCUGGUUUGGUUUUGUUUUCUGCUUUUACUUCCAUCUCUCCCCUCUUGACCUUACACCCACUCCCCUCCAGGGAGAGAGCAGCAGAGACCUCAUCAGCAGACCAAGGAAAUGGUGGGUGCUCCCCCUCCCUAAGCUCCAGGGUCCCCGAAUCUUCUGAAAUCUCAAAUGAGUGGAGGCCUUCUGGGGUGGGCUGUCCUCCAGGGGCCCUGGAAUGGGGGCAAGCAGCUGGAUGGGCAGAAUGCAGAGUAGACUCGGGGGAGGGUCCUUUCACUUUCCACUUCCGCUUCUGAUGCAUGGAGGAUGGUGUGAGCUUUUUCAGCAGGCCAGGAAAGGUACGCAGGUGACGCCUUAGCAGCCCCGCAGCUGGUGCUCUGCCCCACGGUACUGGCGCCAUCAGGGCCUCCCUUGCUCGCCUGAGAGCAGCAACAGUCUCUGUUAUCCCAUCGCCGCUCACCGCCUACCCCAGGCCACCAGGCCCCUCCCACACCACCUGGGGAGCAGAGAAGAGAAGGCUGGAGUAAGGGAGGACUUGAUCAUCCAAGAAAUACGUUUUAUUGCUGGGAGUCUUCUGAACCUCACCAAACUGAGGCCAGAGCUGAGCUCCUGGGGGAGUUAAUUCAGAGGGGAGAGGCCAGCACCUCCCUCCUCCAUCGCUCGCUGUGUGCCUUAAACUCCAUCUCCUGUCCCUCCCCAUCCCCUGGCUUUCCCUCCCUCCUUGCCCCAUCCUGGGCCGGCCAGCGGGGCUCCUCCUCUGGCUCUUCCGACUUUUCAGCCAGUGCUGUCAGUGCCCCUGGGAGGGAAGGGCAUCCCUGAGGCACCCGAGUGGGCCCUCGGGGUGCAGGGAGGCAGAAGUCUGGCCACAGUGGAGCCUCCGAAGGCAGCAGCUGCAGCAGGCGCACCCUCUCCCCACUCUCCCCACGCCAGAGUGGCUUCCAGAGCAGAUGCUGUUUCCAUCCUCCUCAUCAAAACCGUUCUCGCUGCUGAGCUUGACAAUCUGGGCCAGGCUUGUGGGGCGCUUGGCAAACAGAAUCUGCCCUGUGCCGCCUGGCUCCGUGGCCUCCAGCCUGAGCCUGCAGGCAGGGCGCUGCGGGAACCCAGUCGUGCUGCCCCAGCCCAUGCCUCCGGGUCUGCUGUGCAUGAAUGAGUGCUCACUUGUCCCGGGUUUAGGACGUGGUCAAGUGAACAGCAGGGUCUAACUGUGCUUACUUAGCCCAGUUCAAACAGAACAAAGGAAAAAUAGAGAAAGCAACAUCUGUUGAUCAUUUAGGAUUUUUUUUAAACAACCAUGUCACUUUGAGUCCUUCAUGGGUUUUUGAACAGGAUUUAUCAAGAAGAAAAUGUGGGCUUUUUCCCCUCUCCCGUGUUUUGUUUGUCCUGUAGAUAGAGGGAGGAAAGCCGUGCAGUGGCAGGCGGGACCCCCUCUGGCGGCGGGACCCCCUCUGGCGGUGGGACCCCCCUCUUGCAGUGGUCCUGCGGGGCCAGCCGGGACCUCUCAUUUUAUUAUUUAAGGAGUGUGUGUGUAGAGUCGCUGGCUUAUUAACAGUAUUGUGUGUGGGUUGGGUUUUUAGUUUGUUCCUUCUUUUUGAAGUCCCUUCAUUUCAAUCCUUGCCUCUCUCACCCCUUCCCUUGCCCAGCUCUGUUGAAUGCUGCUGUGCGCGUGUGAGGGCCGCUCUGCACACAGGGCCCUUGGGUUGUGUGAACUGAAAUUCUCCCUAUAUUUGUGAGACUCGUAGGAGUCCCCCUCUGUAGCACAGGCAAUGCCAGUGCCAUGCUGCAGCCUCAGAAACCAGGCCUCUCACCCCAGCAGCAGGCGGAACCAUGUCUGGUUGGGUGCUAUCCACAGCUCUGUCUGCCUUGUUCUUGGGUUUGAGCCGGGUAGAGGUGGGGUCUCUUCACCUUCCCCAAAUUCAGAACAGACCCUGUGCCUGGCCCCAGUGUGCCCAAGCAACUCCCCAGGCCCUCGUUGGGAGCCCUUGGUGUUCUGAGCAGCAGGGCCCAGGCAGCACAUGAGCAGUGCCCGGGGACUCCCUGCGUGAGGACGGCAAGGUGCGAUGUAUGUCUAACUUAUUGAUGGCAGGCGUCCCCCUGCGCCCCCUGCGCCUGGCCCUGGUUAUUGCUGAGCUCUGUGCUCAGUGCUGCGGCCUGGCCAUGGCUCAUCUGUUCCUUUGGGGGGCCCAAGCGGGUUGUGGGAAUCAGUCUUCACAGACAGACAUGAGCCAGGCAGAGGACUCGUUCCUUGCAGAGGUCAGUCCUCACCUGCAGGUGUCGGGAGGGGCAAGGAGGGGCAGGCACACACCAUGUCUGACUUGAACCCGAUUCUGGGGAGCAUCUUCCCGCUCCGGCCCCACGACCUCCACAGGGUUACAUUGUAAUAUAUAUGCCCCAGCUAACCUGUCUGAUGGUGGCAUCUUCCUGCAGACAUUUCAAACAUGUAACUUUUAUAUGAAAAAAAUAAACACAGAUGAAAGCU